AUGUCAACAAAACCAGAAAUAGCCUGUGCCAUCAUUGAAGGCAUAUCAUCCGUGAGAGAAGUUGAAGGACUCCAGGAUUUCGUUGUUGAAGUUGAAGGCAAAGAAUUUAAAUGUCAUCGUCUGAUACUCAGCGCGUGUUCUGGAUUUUUCCGUGGUCUUCUCAGGUCUGGGAUGAAAGAAUCGCAGAAAAAAAGAAAAAAGCUUCAGGGUGUAUCCAAGGAAACGUUCGCUGCCAUUUUAGAAACUCUCUACACCGGGAGGGACAAUCUGACACGUGACAACAUGUUAAAGGUUUUGCUGGCUGCAGAUAAACUUCAAAUAACAUUUGUGUUAAAUAAUUGUGUAAAUUUUAUAUCGAAAAAUAUUUACAGUGUCAAUGUUAUUUUCGUUCUGAAAAAAAGCUUAUCAACUACUGAACAAAAAUAUCAUAGAAAUGUGCGAAUCAUUUAUUAGAAACCACAUAUCUGUGGAGAAUUGGGAAACGUUUCAUUCGAUUGCAAAUGAAAUUGGAUCAGUUGUGACACUGUCAAAUGUUCGAGAUUUUAUUAAAAGAAAUUAUGAACAAGUCAUGAGGUCCAAGACUUUUCUGUGUCUUACUGAACACGAUUUACUUGACAUUAUAAAAAGUCAAGAUCUGGUUGUAUCUUCUGAAGACAUUGUCAUUGAGUCAAUUCUAUAUUGGAUCAACAAAGAAUAUGAAGUUAGA